AUGGAAAGCAAUCAGACCUGGAUCACAGAAGUCAUCCUGCUGGGAUUCCAGGUGGACCCAGAUCUGGAGUUGUUCCUCUUUGGGUUUUUCUUGCUAUUCUACAGCUUCACCCUGAUGGGAAAUGGGAUUAUCCUGGGGCUCAUCUGCUUGGAAUCUAGACUGCACACACCCAUGUACGUCUUCCUGUCACACCUGGCCAUCGUGGACAUGUCCUAUGCCUCGAGUACUGUCCCUAAGAUGCUAGCAAAUCUUGUGAUGCACAAAAAAGUCAUCUCCUUUGCUCCUUGCAUACUUCAGACUUUUUUGUAUUUGGCAUUUGCUAUUACAGAGUGUCUGAUUUUGGUGGUGAUGUGCUAUGAUCGAUAUGUGGCAAUCUGUCACCCCUUGCAAUACACCCUCAUUAUGAACUGGAGAGUGUGCACUGUCCUGGCCUCAACUUGCUGGAUAUUUAGCUUUCUCUUGGCUCUGGUACAUAUUACUCUUAUUCUGAGGCUGCCUUUUUGUGGCCCACAAAAGAUCAACCACUUUUUCUGUCAAAUCAUGUCUGUAUUCAAAUUGGCCUGUGCUGACACUAGGCUCGACCAGGCUGUCCUCUUUGCGGGUUCUGCGUUAGUCUUAGGGGGGCCGCUCUGCCUGGUGCUGGUCUCCUACUCGCACAUCCUGGCGGCCAUCUGAAGGAUCCAGUCUGGGGAGGGCCGCAGAAAGGCCUUCUCUACCUGCUGCUCCCACCUCUGCGUGGUGGGGCUUUUCUUUGGCAGCGCCAUCGUCAUGUACAUGGCCCCCAAGUCAAGCCAUUCUCAAGAACAGAGGAAGAUCCUUUCCCUGUUUUACAGCCUUUUCAACCCGAUGCACCCCCUCAUCUAUAGCCUUAGGAACGCAGAGGUGAAAGGGGCUCUAAAGAGAGUCCUUUGGAAACAGAGGUCAAUGUGA